AUGGCAGACAACAACCAAGGCUGCAAGAUUACGCUCUACUGGCUCGAGCAAUCUCGGAGUCAUCGCAUCCUCUGGCUACUGGAAGAGCUCCAGUUGAAAUAUGAGCUGAAGACCUUCAAGCGUCGCGCCGACAAGCUGGCCCCCGCCGAGCUCAAGAAGGUCCACCAACUGGGCAAGUCUCCCGUCAUUACAAUCGAGGCCCCAGGAUCCGAGAAGCCCCUGGUGCUGGCCGAGUCUGGCGCGAUUGUGGAAUACCUCUGCGAUCACUUUGGCAGUGUGCGACCGACGCUAGUACCGGAGCGCUACCAGGCCGGCCGCGAGGGCCAAGUCGGCGGAGAGCGCGAGGAGUGGCUGCGAUAUCGCUAUUUCAUGCACUACGUGGAAGGCAGCCUGAUGCCUUUCUUGGUGAUGACUCUGGUCAACGACACCAUCCGCAACUCGCCUCCCUUCUUCGUCCGCCCAAUUACCGGGAUUGUGGCUUCGCAGGUUGAGGCGUCUUUCCUGACUCGCAAUAUCGAGGGUAACCUCGCUUUCCUGGAGCAGCAGCUGGAGACAGCCCCCGAGGGCGGUCCUUACCUUUGCGGUAAGGAGCUGACCGCAGCAGACAUUUUGAUGAGUUUCCCUGUUAUCGCGGCUAGUGGCCGAGUCCUGAAGGACAAGAAGCAGAAGGAUAAGUAUCCCCUGCUGGCGGCAUAUGCUCAGCGGUUGGAGGGGGCUGACGGUUACAAGAAGGCCGUUGCGAAGAUUGAGCAGAUCGAGGGACAUUUCUCGGCUUCUAUGUAA